AAACCCGGCCGAGGCGCGUGACGCAAGCGGGCGGCCGCGGCGGGGUUGGGCCCGCGGCCAGACGAGCAGGCCGACCUGCAGCCCGGGCGCCCCGUUCUGCGACGCCCCGGCCGGCGCCGGUGCCUGCCCGGCCGGCCCUCGGGAGGCGGAGAGCAGCGGAGGAGGCGGAGCCCGCGCCGCGCUCACACCCCCACCGCCCGGCCGCAGUCGGGCUGGACUGGGCGGCGUGAGCCGAGGCCUCCUCGGCCAGGCCCUGUUGGCCGGAGCCCGAACUGAGACCCGGGCGGCGGCACCUCCGAGAGUGGGCCGCGGGCCGCCAUGGAGACGCGCUACAACCUCAAGAGCCCGGCUGUUAAACGUUUAAUGAAAGAAGCAGCAGAAUUGAAAGACCCAACAGAUCAUUACCAUGCGCAGCCUUUAGAGGAUAACCUUUUUGAAUGGCACUUCACAGUUAGAGGACCCCCAGAUUCUGAUUUUGAUGGAGGAGUUUAUCAUGGACGAAUAGUGCUGCCUCCAGAGUAUCCCAUGAAACCACCAAGCAUUAUUCUUCUAACGGCUAAUGGGCGAUUUGAAGUGGGCAAGAAAAUCUGUUUGAGCAUCUCAGGACAUCAUCCUGAAACAUGGCAGCCAUCAUGGAGUAUAAGGACAGCGUUACUAGCCAUCAUUGGAUUUAUGCCAACGAAGGGAGAGGGAGCGAUAGGUUCUCUAGAUUACACACCAGAGGAGAGAAGAGCACUUGCCAAAAAAUCCCAGGAUUUCUGUUGUGAAGGAUGUGGCUCUGCCAUGAAGGAUGUCCUAUUGCCUUUAAAAUCUGGAAGUGAUUCAAGCCAGGCUGACCAGGAAGCCAAGGAACUGGCUAGACAAAUUAGUUUUAAGGCAGAAGUCAAUUCAUCUGGAAAGACGAUUACUGAGUCAGACGUUAACAAACAGUCUUUUUCACUAAGUGACUUACAGGACAAUAUACCUACAACAUUCCAGGGUGCUACAGCCAGCACAUCGAACCCAUCUGCAGCAUCCUUUCAACAACCUACGCAACCUGUAGCUAAGAAUACCUCCAUGAGCCCUCGGCAGCGCCGGGCCCAGCAGCAGAGUCAAAGAAGGUCAUCCACUUCACCGGAUGUAAUCCAGGGCCAGCAGCCAAGAGACAACCACACCGAUCAUGGCGGUUCCGCUGUACUGAUUGUCAUCCUGACUUUGGCCUUGGCGGCUCUUAUAUUCCGGCGAAUAUAUCUGGCCAAUGAGUACAUAUUUGACUUUGAGUUAUAAUACUGCUUUGUGACUUAAGAGCUGUGAUUCAGCUGCUUCAUUCAACAUUCUGCAUUGGGUAUAAUCUAAGAAUUGUUUACAAAAAGAUUAUUUUGUAUUUACCCUUCAUUCCUUUUUUGAUCCUUAUAAAUUCAAUAUAAAUACAGCUAGACAUUCAGGCUAUGUCCAGCAGUGUGUCCUGUUUAGCUUAAGAGACUGGAAGUCAAAGUUCCUGUCUCAUUAUUUUAUCUGCUUUAGAGAGAAAUACAUGUUUCUCAUGUCUCAACUUUUUUUUUUCUGUAAAUUUGCAAUACUUUUCUAUAUAAUCCUUUGAAAUUUUCUGAUAAAAGAUGGUGUUUUAAGUUCUCGUGAAUAUUACUAGUUACUCAAUAUCAUUUAUUGAGUACUCUGUUUCUACUUAUGUAGACUAUUAUAGGGAUAGAAGAGUUGAAAGGGAAAGCAAAACUUCUCCAAGUAGCUACCUUAAAAUAUCAUUUAUAGAAGAAUACCGGAUUGCCCUUCCUGUGACCUUGUGUUCUAAAUAUUAUUUCAGUGAAAUACAAGGAUCUUUUUACGUCUUUGUUAUUGGAUGUUACUUGAAGAGGAAGUACUUUAUAACCACUUGGAUAUGCUGUUAUCAAGCCUCUUUCUGAUACACAAACAAAUUUAAAAAGAAAGAAAACAGUCCUCCAAAGAGCUUUGUCUUAAGGAAUAAAUGGUCCAAGCCAGGAAAUUGCUUGAUUUUCUCCCAGAAGUUAAGUAGGAAGAUUGUAAAAUUUUAAUGUUUGCUCUGCUUUGAAUUGUAUAUCUUUUGAAAUGUAUUAUAUGCCUAGCUUUGUAAUCACUAUAAAUUUUAAUUAUUCCAGGAAUAUGCACAAUGUUGAACUAUUUCAUGUACCAUUUUAAUGGAAAAACUCAGGGCCCAAUAACAGUGAUAGAAGGUAGACCAACCUCUACUUAGAAUUGUCCCCCUAAUCAAAGCCCAAGGAAGAUUUUCAGUGAAAAAAAAAGUUCAGUACAUUGUUUAGUGCUAGCCGACUCCACAGAUGAUGGUAGAUAACUUUAUUGUCACAGUGCCUGGUGAGACCAUAUAAUCACAGAAAACAUUGUCUUCAGAUGUUCCCUUGGCAGCACUGAAGGCACUCUGAAGGCCUCUGCUAAUGACGAUUUAAUUUUCAGAUACAGACAGUCCUUAGCUUUCAAACAUGUUGUUCUCUAAAAGUGUGUCAAACAAUGUAAAUGGCAUCUAGUUCUAGACCAGUCCACAAAACUUAGCCUGGAUGCAUCUCAGGGAGGGUGUUCAUAAAGUCCUUAUGUUUUUUUAACUAACUGAAAUUAUGAGUAAGAUAAAAAAUAAUUUGUAAGAUUGUUUUAAAGGCAAAUUUAAUUUUUAUUCCUGUUAUGGUACUUUGGACCUAUUAACCAUCAGCCAUAUUUCUGUUUUCACUUGAUAGUUUCCCAUUAUGUCUGCAUCUAAAAUAAAGACACAUUGUAUGCCAUUACAGAGUUGUCUUAAGCUUUAAGCAUUUUAAACUCUUAGCAUUUUAAAGUUGUUCACAAAUUGUUUCUAUUAUAUCUAUAGCUGAAGUUGAAAAAGUUUAAAAAAACCUAAGGACUUUAUGAUGCCUUCAUAUUAGGAAAAUUAUAGGUUACCAUUUUAUAAUGGUUGGCCCAACUGGAAAGAUGAGGUAGUGCUAUCACCUAAAAAGGAAGUCCCCAUGCCCUCAGCCUCUGCUAUAAUUGUGUGCUGGGAACAGUCUCCCAUUUGCUCUCAGUCAGACUUAAGCCAGCCUCUUGAUCCCUGACCUCAUUGCAUGUUUCCGUGGGGUGAACCUGUGCUUUAAAGUUAAGCAUUGUGCAGAUCCUGCUUUAAUCAGAUUUGCUUCUCCCUCACCUGUCCAGUGGUGGGUCAUCUGCUUGUUUGUGUUGGAAUUUUUAGCACCAGUACUUAAGUCUCAAAUUGACAUGUUUUGCUCCUCACAUUCGCUCCCCAAAAUCUUAAAUUGUCCAUCUGACCCCCAUUGUGGGGUUAAUGAGGCCACUGAAGGGUUGCUUCUGAAAACUAUUAUAUGGAAAACCCUACUUUAACCUCUUAAUUCCAGCAUAAGGGAAAAACUGGAUGUGUGAUCUGGUAGGUAAAGUAUUGGGGCUCAUUUCCCCAAUUCUCCCAUUUAGGCAACUUGUGGCUUUCUCUUUGACCAGCACAGCACAUGACAUAUAUCAAGGUAGUUAAGACAGCAUGUUUGAAAAAAAUGUCUUUUGCUUGUUACUGUUUAAGCCAAGGAACCUUCAGAUUUUAUGUAAUGUGAGGCUUUAUGUAGCACUUACAGCUCCAUGCUGCUCAUUGUUUUAUUCUACUGAAAUAAAUGAAUUUCAUCAAGAUUCUCAGCUAAUUUCUGAAAAGCUUUUAAAAUUGAUUAUUGUUUUGACUAAAAUAUGUUUCCUGUUUCAGGAGAAUAAGAACGCUUUGUUAUUUUGGGUUUAUGAAGAAACAUUCUGGUAUCUUGACAAUGCCCAUUUUUGUAGACCAGAACCAGUAAAUAAGUAAACCUUACUCAUUUGGACCUACUUGAGCAGAAACCUAGGGUGAAGUACUGAAAAACCUACAUUGUUUUGUCACAUGCAAGUAAGUAUAUGUAAAAUGAAUACAUUUAGUGAGCCUGACUUUAACCAAGAAUAAUGUACAUAUUAACAUAUGUCUGUUGAAGCCCUCGUGGGAGGCUGUGCAUGACCUGAAAGCUGUUUGGAAUGCCUCUUGAACAGGUGCCUUCAGAACUAGUUUGAACUGCUCAAUAAAACCAGUGACUGUAUUCAUUUUUUUGUCUUUGACCAAAGGUUGUAUUCUUUGCCAUCUGAUCUUAUCUCCUUCCUUGACUGUCCUUUCCAGAUCUUUCCAUUUCUCUUCAUACUCUGUUGCUACCCUCACUAGCUGCUCUCCUGUACGUUAAUGCAGUUACCUCUUACUAGAGCUCCAGUCUUACACCAUUCCUA